AACUAGGAAGGGGAUCCCGCAUUCCCGAGGAUCGGCAGGAGCGUUUAUUGAGCGAUGAUUGUACAGCGGUUAAAAGUGUCGUGUCAAUGAGCGCGUAUAUGCCGUAUAUAACAUUGCACGCACGCGUUAUGACUUUAAUUUCAUCCAUCGCGAGAGCCGGUUAAAACACGCCAUUUACGCAGUUUCAUGUAGCGCGUUUGCCGUUGAAACUGGGUUCGCCAAUGAGAACCGCGCCAGAUGAUUUUUUUAUCGCGAACCGGCCGACGGCCGCUAGCAUUUCUUAAAUAAUUCCGUAAAUUAAUCGACCAGCGGAUUUAAGUAUCAGUGGAUAAUUAUCCAGUGUUUUCUACGUGAUCAGCUGAUUUAUCGCGAUGGGAGGCGGAGCACGAUGGGUGCGCGGCCGUUAGCGUAAUUGACAGGCUGGCGCUGAGUAUGCCCGCUUGCGCGACCAGUGUCUCCACACUUUCAGUAUGCCCGCCGUCGCCGCGCGCUCCCGCCAUCCGCCGCCGAUGAACGCCAACGCGAAAAUUGGGCCGCUGCGGCCACCGCCACCGCCCCCGGUGUCCGCCGCCAAGACGCUCAUCUGUCCGUUCCAUGCGCGCUACAAAGCGCGUCACGCGGCCACCGCCAACGGGAAUUCCAGCGCGAACAACACGGCGGUACGGCCGCCCUUCCUCCGUCACAUGGUGAAGUCGUUCUCCAUCGAUCAGCCGGACUACGAGCUAACCGCCAACAGUCCAACGCAGGAGCAUUACCGGCGCCAGCAUAUCGGCUUCUAUCAGCGACAGCAGCUGCGCCAGCAUGAGCAGCGCCUGCGCAAGAACGCCCUCCUCACCAGCACAGCCCACCCGCCUCCGCACGCGGGCCACAGCAGUGCAACAGCCGCUCUCUCCGCCGCCGCCGUAGCAACAGCAGCUGCCGCAGUCGAUGAUGCAUCAUCCCAGCAGUCGCACGAGGCAGCCGCGGAUGUUGCUGCCAUAAGUAUGCCCGUAUCCGCCGCUGUUGAUCCCGAUCCGGCGCUGCUGGCCCUGCACUCGCUUACUGUCCAUCCGGAUUCCGCGGUGCUGUCCGCCAAAGUGGCGGCGUUACGACGGGACGCCUCCUUGGGCGGUGGCAGCCCCGGCAUGACCACGCGCCACUCGCUAACCACGCCGCUCUCGCUGGCGUCCAAUCCGCGCUCUUUUCCCUAUUUACCGGCGGCCGCCGCGGACCAGCGGAUCCCCUCCCCGACCAGCACGGUCACGGCGGCGCACCAGUAUCCCACUGUGUCCAAAAUGUUCGCCAAAGGAGGCCCGAAUGCCGCCGUGGAUUCCGCCGCGUACGAAGCGGUGCGCAUCUCGGACGUGGGCGACGGCUACGUGUACCUCAACCAGUACAAGCUGAGCAACGAGACCCUGGGCCACGGCACCUACUCCAUCGUCAAGCUGGCCUACAACACGGAGGACAACACGCACUACGCCAUGAAGAUCCUGUCCAAGAAGAAGCUGAUGAAGAAGCACCGCCUGACCAGGAAGGCGGGCGAUCCCAUGCAGGAAGCGUACCGCGAGAUCGCCAUCCUCAAGAAACUCAACCAUCCCAACAUUAUCCGCUUGAUCGAGGUGCUGGACGACCCCCACGAGGACAGCCUGUACAUGGUCUUUGAGCUCCUCGAGCGCGGCGAGGUCCUCGUCGUCCCGACCGAGAAACCCCUGACGGAAACGGUCGCCUGGAGGUACUUCCGGGACCUGGUGCUGGGCGUGGAGUACCUCCACCACAACGGCAUCCUGCAUCGUGAUCUCAAGCCUUCCAAUCUGCUGUUGGACGACAACGACCAUCUGAAGAUCGCCGACUUCGGUCUGAGCCAUAUGUUCGAAGGCAGCGAUGCCCUGUUGUCGGGGACCGUCGGGACGCCGGCCUUCCACGCACCGGAGAUCCUCUCGCUGCAGCCCAGCGGCAGCAAUCACCAUCCUCCUUCCACCUCGCCUUCCGCGCUCUUCCCGAACAACAAAACCGAAGGCCGGGCGGCCGGUGCCGGCGUCUCCGGGCUGGCCAUGGACGUGUGGUCGAUGGGGAUUACGCUGUACAGCCUGGUCUUCGGGGAUGUCCCCUUCCGCGACGAAUCCAUCGUCGGGCUCCAUCAUCAAAUCAAAUCCUUCCCGCCGGUCUUUCCCGCCCAUGUUGUCGUUUCGGACGCCCUCCAGGACCUCGUAACCAGGCUGCUGGACAAGGACCCUGACCGGCGUCUGACCAUCGCCAGGAUGCGGGAGCACCCGUGGAUCACCCGCGACGGCCAGGAGCCCCUCCUGCCGGCCCCGGCCGACAACUGCCAGGCGCCCAUCUCCGUCACCGAGGAGGACAUCCAGGCCAGCGUCCGCUCCAUUCCGCACCUGGACACGCUGAUCCUCAUCAAGGCCAUGCUGAAGCGCGGCUCCUUCCACCACCCCUUCAAGGGUGACCUUUGGGACACGCGCAAGGGCUCGCUGGACAGUAACCUCCCGCCGGCGGCGCCCACGUGAACGCGGAGGCCAACCGGUGCCGACGAUUGUGGUGAUAGUGGAUCUGAUCGUGGGGGAAACGAAGCAAAACGGUGUUUUUUCCUGUAAUAUGACCUUUAUUCUUCCGGCUUCUUUUAAUGCAAUUUACUUGUGGUUUUUGUAUGUCAUGUACUUUCGGUUAUCUGUGCGGCGCUGUGUUUGUACAUGUUUGGGUCUUUAAAAGAAUUACGCUUUUAUCAGUCCGAAACUAUGAAUAAAUAGCGACA